AUGGGUUUCGUUAAGAUCGUUAAGAGCAAGGCUUACUUCAAGAGAUUCCAGGUCCACUUCAGAAGAAGACGUGAGGGAAAGACUGACUACCAGCAGAGACACCGCCUGAUCCAGCAGGACAAGAACAAGUACAACUCGCCCAAGUACAGACUUGUCGCCCGUAUCACCAACAAGAAGGUCAUCGCCCAGAUCAUCUACUCCAAGAUCGUCGGUGAUUUCGUCCUCUCGUCGGCCUACUCCAACGAGUUGCCACGCUACGGUAUCACCGUUGGUUUGACCAACUACGCCGCCGCCUACGCCACCGGACUGUUGCUGGCCCGUCGUCUGCUCACCCAGCUCAAGCUGAACGACAUCUACAAGGGACAGGAGAAGGUCACUGGCGACGACUUCCUCGUCAAGCCCGUCGACGAGAAGCCACGUCCAUUCAAGGCCUUCCUCGAUGUCGGUCUCACCCGUACCUCCACUGGUAACAAGGUGUUCGCCGUCAUGAAGGGUGCCUGCGAUGGUGGUCUCUACGUUCCACACAAGAAGACCCGUUUCGUUGGAUACAACGCCGAGACCAAGAAGCUCAACGCCGACGUCCUCCGCAAGUACAUCUUCGGCAACCACGUCGCUGAGCACAUGAAGCUUCUCCAGACUGAGUCCGAGGAGGACUACAAGAAGCACUACAGCCAGUACAUCAAGGCCAACAUUGGUCCAAAGGACCUCGAAGCCUUGUACACCAAGGCUCAUGCUGCCAUCCGCAAGGACCCAUCGCCAGCCAAGAAGGGCGAGAAGAAGCCUUCCGACCCCAAGUUCGCCAAGAAGGCCAAGCGUACCCUCCGCCAGCGCAGAACCAGAAUCAACCUCAUCAAGAAGUCCAUCGAGAAGAGAGUUGGUGUCAACCCAUCUGCUGCCGCCGAGAAC